AGGUUAGGACUCGAACCGCCCAUGGGCAGACUAACCCGCUAUUUGCCGACAGAACUCCUGAUAGAGAGGAGGCGAUAGAGAUUUAUUCGGGCACACUAUGUUUGACAGUCACAGUAAAAUGUGGUGGAGUCGUGUGCUGGUAAUCAGCUGGGUGCUGGUGCUGGUCCAGCUGCUCCGUUUGGAAGCAGUUCCCAUCAGCAAGGACAGGACCAAAAUUAACACGCCAGAGGUCCAAAUUGAAGAUGCUCCUGCUAGUGUGGACACUGGCCUCCACUAUGACCGGUACCUCAGGGAAGUCAUUGAUUUUCUGGAAAAAGAUGAACAUUUCAGAGAUAAACUCCAUAAUACAGACAUGGAAGAUAUCAAGCAAGGCAAACUCGCCAAAGAACUAGACUUUGUCAGCCACCAUGUCAGAACCAAACUGGACGAGUUGAAGAGGCAGGAAGUCAAUCGACUCAGAACACUGAUUAAGGCUCGGCAUGACAUUGAAGGUGGAAAUGAUAUUGCAGUGGACCACCAGGCUUUGCUGAAACAGUUUGAAUACUUGAACCAUAUGAACCCGCAUACAUUUGAAGUGGAUGACCUUGAUCGCCUCAUCAAAUCGGCCACAAACGAUCUGGAGAACUUCGACAAAGAGAGACACGAGGAGUUCAAGCGUUACGAAAUGAUGAAGGAGCACGACAGGCGGGAACACCUGAAGACACUCGAUGAAGAUGAGCGAAAGCGUGAGGAGGAGCACUAUGAGGAGCUGAGGAAAAAACACGCUGACCACCCCAAAGUCAACCACCCAGGUAGCCAGAAUCAGCUCAAGGAAGUGUGGGAAGAUACUGAUGGCUUGGACCCGGAGGAUUUUGAUCCCAAAACCUUUUUCAAUUUGCACGACACCAACGGAGAUGGGUUCUUUGAUGAACAGGAACUGGAAUCACUGUUCACCAAGGAGCUGGAAAAGCUCUACGAUCCCACCAACGAGGAGGAUGAUAUGGUGGAAAUGGAGGAGGAGAGGUUACGCAUGAGGGAGCAUGUCAUGAAUGAGGUGGAUUCGAACAAAGACAGGCUGGUCUCUUUAGACGAGUUCAUGACUGCUACAAAUAAAAGAGAAUUCUUGGAGCCAGAUAGUUGGGAGACUUUGGAGCAGAACCAGGCCUACACGGAUGAGGAGAUGAGGGAGUUUGAGGAGCACCUUGCUCGGCAAGAGCAGGAGCUUCACCAGAAAUCUGCUGACCUUCAGAAACAGAGAGAUGAGCUGGAGAGGCAACAGGAGCAGCUUAAUGCACAGAAAGUUGAGUUGCAACAGGCCGUCGAUCAUAUGGAACGACUCAGAGCUGAAAAACUAGAACCCCCUCCUGAGGUCCAAGUUGAAGUAAACGCCAUCCCGGAGAACCAUGCGCUCAACAAUCAGCAGCAACACACGGCCCUCGUCCAAGAGCAUCAGGAUGCUUCUCAGGACCAGAGUCAGCAAGCGGCCGAGCAGACACACCAGGAUCUCCCUCCAGGCGACCAAGAAAUCCCCCAAAUCCAGAACACCCUGCCAUAAAGCCUUCAACAACUGGACCUUUGCAACCUCGUCUAAUCUAAGAGUGUCUUGGCCUAUUCCACCAUGCUGACUUGACUGGUGCUUUGGAACACACUCAGGACGGAGAAGUACACAAGAUGAACAAUACCAGUUUUUGGUGCCCAAAUUAUCAAUUACAUUAUGGAUUUUUAGGAGCGUUUUGUCAACAUAAUGACAGGACAGGGACAUUUCAGGAGUAACAAUACAUUUAAUUUCAAGGCCUGUUUUUUUCUUGUGUAGAACACCUAGUGUUGACUUCGACUGAAAUGCAUCUUUUUGUUUUGUAUCAUUUGAAUGAGAACCUGAAUUGCCAUGAAGUGUUUUGCUGUUUGCUUACCUCAACACAUAACAGCAAGGAUGACCUAUUAUUGGUUUCCUUUACCUGCCCCCUUCAACUAUUCGUUAAGCAAAUCGAACCAAUGAUUCUCUGUUGAAAUCAUAUCACUGAUCUGCCAAAACUGAAAAAAAGUGAUCAGAAUUUUUUUAUAUUCUUUGAAUUAGGCACACAGGACUUCUUUUGGCAUAAGAUACCCAUUCAAGUGAGUGGUUUUGCAAAAUUGUGAAACGUUUGAGUGUUUCUCAGUUGGAGGUUUUUUUUUUUUUUGGCUCACAUACACAAUUGUAUGUGGUUUAAUUUGAUCAUUUUUACCUUAGGACAGCUAUUGGUAAAUAUACCUUUUUUUAGUCAACUGCAAAAUAUUAGCAUUUGGUGUUUUUGUUGCAUUCAAUCUUUUUGACUACUGAAUUUUAAAAGGGGGGGAAAAAAAUGAGUAUUUUUUGCAAUGCAGAUCACCCGUUGAAAGAGGCCUUCGUCUCAGUGGGUGUUUAUUUUCUGGUUUUGAUAGAUUGCUUGAAGUCUGCAUUCAGCUCCCAUCCAUGAGGUAUGAUGGAUCUGAAGAAUUUGAUAAUGGGUGUCGAUUUGCGCAAAUCUCAAAUCAGAUGUGAUGUCAGUUGUCAGGCCUUGCAGUGUUGUGGUUUCUCUUGGUCUUUUCAUUGCAUCUGUAAAACUUUGGUUUUAGGUCUCACAAAAUGUUUUCCAAAUAUUUCUUUGGGAAAAUACUGCAUAAUCGUUUGCACAAUACGAACAAGUGGUUUUGUUAUUGCUUGCUGCUGGAUUAAAUUGUCAAUGUAU